AUGUGCGGCAUCCUAGCCUGCAUUCAUCAUCCCGAUGCCGCCUCCUACAGGCCUCGCAUGCUCAACUUGAGCCGCUGCAUCAGACACAGAGGUCCAGAUUGGAGCGGCUGCGUGGUGACCAACGAAGCGAGCAAGGAUGAACCAAAGCUGGGAAGCAUCCUUUGCCACGAGCGUCUGGCCAUCGUCGGUGUCGGUGAGUGUGAUCGGGGCGCGCGAGCAUACAGCAGUGUCUGGUCUAGCGCUGCGCAGUGCAGGCCGCUCUGUCUCCCCAUCGGAGCGCAUACAGUCACCCCUGGAGUGCGAAAGGCCAUAGCUGACAUGUCGAUCUCUAAUGCUGUGCUUCUUUACAGACACCGGCGCACAACCUCUGGUCUCGGAAGAUGGCAAGAUCAUCUUGGCAGUCAACGGAGAAAUCUACAACCAUCGACAGCUGCGCAAAGGGCUGAAAGAUCAGUCCGCAGUGUUCAAGACGCACUCCGACUGCGAGGUCAUCAUCCAUUUGUACCGCGAGCAUGGCGUGGACUUUGUCAAGAUGCUGGAUGGAAUGUUCAGCUUUGUUCUGCUGGACACCAGCGUGACCCCUUCCCGAGUCAUUGCUGCUCGAGACCCCAUCGGCAUCACCACUUUUUACGUCGCUUCCAGCUACAAGAGCCCAGGUGCAGUCUACUUCUCCAGCGAGCUCAAAGCCAUCCACGAAGAGUGUGAAAUCAUCGACAGUUUCCCGCCUGGUCACGUGUACGAUUCGCAGCUGGGCGAGGGCAAAGAGAUCACGCGAUACUACUCUCCCAACUGGAUCGAUGGAGAUGUGGAUGCCUCAAAGCUGCCCACUGGUGAUGCAGAUCUCACGUUGAUCCGGGAAAAGCUGGAAAUGGCAGUGAAGAAGAGACUCAUGUCCGAAGUGCCGUACGGAGUCUUGCUCUCGGGUGGACUGGAUAGCAGUCUGAUCGCUGCGGUCGCUGCGCGCGAGACGAACAAGGUGGCGGAUGCGCAAAGGCAGCGCUACGAGGCCAUACAGGCCAAGCGCGCCGAGAGGCGAGCAGCAGCUCUAGCGGCCGAAAGGUCUGGCGCCUCAGCCAACAGCACCGGAACCUCCACACCUGACUUGGGCACUGGAGGUGCGCCGGACGGUCUGGCUGUGGGCUUUGACGAAGAGGCGGGGGAGGAAAACUUGGCGAGCUGGCCUCGACUUCACAGCUUUAGCAUUGGCCUACCAGGCUCUCCCGAUCUGGCGGCUGCUCGUGCUGCGGCUGCGUACCUGGGCACCGUGCACCACGAGUACACGUUCUCGGUCCAGGAAGGUCUGGACGCCAUUUCCGAUGUCAUUUUCCAUCUGGAGACCUACGACGUGACCACUGUUCGAGCUUCAACUCCGAUGUAUCUGCUCUCGCGCAAGAUCAAAGCCAUGGGCGUCAAGAUGGUCCUCUCUGGGGAAGGUUCGGACGAAAUCUUUGGCGGAUACUUGUACUUCCACGCUGCUCCCGAUAGCAAGUCGUUUGCCGAAGAGUGCGUGAGGAGGGUCAAGAACCUUCACACUGCGGAUUGCCUGAGAGCCAACAAGAGCACAAUGGCGUGGGGAUUGGAGGCUCGUGUUCCUUUCCUGGACAGGGCGUUCUUGGAUGUGUGCAUGAAUGUCGAUGCGAAGCACAAGGAGUUCAACAAGGGAACGCUGCAGACCAAGGACAAGGACGGCAGGCCUCAUAUGGAAAAGUACUUGCUUAGAAAGGCGUUCGAUCUAACUCCAGAGGGCGAUGAGAAGCCUUACUUGCCCACUGAGAUCCUGUGGAGGCAAAAGGAACAGUUCAGUGACGGAGUAGGCUACAGUUGGAUCGACGGCAUGAAGUCGCACGCAGAGAGCGCCAUCUCGGAUGCCAAGUUCAACCAGAGAGCAAAAAGGUACCCGCUCGACACCCCAGACACCAAGGAAGCUUACUGGAUCAGGGAGCAGUUCGAACAUUGGUUCCCCAGCCCUGCUGCCGCUUCUACAGCUGUUAGAUGGGUACCCAGAGGCGAUUGGGGCUGCGCUAGCGAUCCUUCUGGAAGAGCCGUCACCAUUCACGAUUCGGCUUAUGGGAGCAAGCAGGAAUGA